CUGUCGAGGUGCAUUGUGGGGAGGAAAGUCGUUGCCAUUCGACCUCUGCGGGGCCUGCGCGGACGCAGCGAGAACCCUGAAAUUCAUUAUGCGUUUAAAACCUUUAUUUAUUUCCGCAUAACCUACAUACUCUCACCGGGAGGUUCGAGCCGAGACCAGAAACGACGGCGGUCCAUCUCUUUCGAACAAAUCCAUCGUUUGUAAAUAUAUUAUUUUAUCGUCGGAAGGGAGAUACUGUCGAGAAAGUGAAGAUUGUAACGUUUUGUAUAUUAAGGGGAAAAUGUCUGGCGAGAGAAACCGCAGGUCGUUGGCUUUCCGAGGAGGUGGAUUAGCUGGGUUAACGGGUUCCAGCAGCAUCGGCGGGGGGAACUGUAACAGCUGGGAGGCCCCGGCCUGUCAAGAUCGACAUUUUAACGGGAAUCGGUCGGAUCAAGAGGAGGACCGGGAUCUGGGAGCGAAAGGACCGUCGCAGAAGAGAGUGGAGGGCGCUGGAUCUGUCAGCGAUAGCACGGAACCCGAGGCGGAGGAAGAAGAGGACCCGGAAGGGGGCAGCUGGGCAGCUAGGGACGUUGAGGGGCUCCGUGGGACCAGGGAGGGCAGUAGCUGGACAGCGGGGAACGACACCAACAACAACAACAACGAAGACGGUCUGGAGUCCCGGAGCGCAGCGAGGGGUGGGGAGACGGGCUCCAAGAAAUCCGGGGUAGAGAUGAGACCGCAGACGCUGCUUCAGAAACACUCGCUAUUCCACGCUUCGUGGCUGCAAGAAUUUCCAUGGCUCAAAUUUAGCCAAGAGACGGGACUCAUGUCUUGUUCUUGGUGCCACAACAUUGCCACUAAAAACAGCGACGAGCUCGUGAAGGGCAGCCGAAAUUACAAGCGGGCCUUGCUGCUGAGACAUCACCUGUCUUCUGAGCACGGCAGAAAUGACCCCACCAAACAGGAGACUUCGAGACCCUCGGACACCACCAGCUUCUCCACUAACGGCUCAGAAGAUUAUCGUAACAAACCCAAUGAAAACUCCUACUGCUACCAGCUUCUACAGGAGUUGGACAAACAGCGCAAAAGUGGCAUCCUUUGUGACGUGAACAUAAUUGUCUCAGGCCAGGUGUUUCGCGCACACAAGAACAUCCUGGUAGCAGGCAGCCGCUACUUCAAAACCCUCUACUGUCUGACCAAGAGCGAGGCCCAGGACCAAGCCACUGUCACACACCUGGACGUUGCUGCUGUGCAGGGCUUCUCUGUUAUCCUUGACUUUCUCUACUCUGGAAAUCUGCUGCUCACAAGCCAAAACGCCAUAGAGGUAAUGACUGUGGCGAGUUACCUCCAAAUGACGGAGGUUGUUCACUCUUGCAGGGCUUUUAUAAAAGACGCCCUAAAUAUCAGCAUUAAGCAAGAGGCUCCAGAUUCAGUGGUGGUGGACUACAACAAGAGGCAAACGGUGGCCAAAGAUGGACAGAGGGGCCUUGACCGGAAGCCGAGCAACUUCUGGGCCACCAGCAUCCUGUCGAAGCUUUCAAUCAAGGCGAGCAGCAACCAAGGAAAAGAUGCCGUGAAAGAGGAGGAAGAAGAAGACAUUAAUGGCAGGGUGAAGGAGGAGAGUAAUGAAAUAGAGGUGACGGUGGUUGGGGGUGAGGGCUGUGCCCUGGUGACCCCUGGGGGUUCUGGUAGCUGGACCCACCACAACGACACCUCAUCCGAUUCAGCAGAGACCAACGAAACCCGGACGGCGAGCGGCCAGACGCAGGUGUUCGUCUGGAACGAGCCAACCACGGGUGGCAUGGCUGCAGCCAUAAAGCGCGAGGCACCAGAUCCUGCAGCUGGAAGCGGGCGGAGGAAAAAACAGACCACCACCCGGCGUUUUGUCUACAACUUCCAGCCUGAGCCGGUAGAGGGAUUCGACGAAGGGAUGUUGAUUCAACCGGUAGCUUCCUUCCCUAGAGAGGACUUCUCCUCCCUCUCGGAAAACGCUGAGCUGGCCAAUCAGAUCCAGUAUAGCAUCAUCCAAGACUUACAGCAAGGAGAGACCUGGGAGAAUGGUGAGGCCUCACACCUAGCUCUCAAUAAGCUCAAGUGCCCCCACUGUAACUACAUCGCCAAGCACCGGCGCACACUCAAGAGGCACCUGAUCAUCCACUCAGGUGUGCGCUCCUUCAGCUGUGACAUCUGUGGCAAACUGUUCACCCGCCGCGAGCACGUGAAGAGACAUUCCCUGGUGCACAAGAAAGACAAAAAAUACAAAUGCAUGGUGUGCAAGAAGAUCUUCAUGCUAGCGGCUAGCGUGGGCAUCCAUCACGGCUCGCGGCGCUACGGCGUGUGCGCCGACUGCGCGGACUGCGCCGACUCGCAGCAAGUCACUCAGGAGGGCCUGGAGGGCAUGGAGUUUCCUCGGGACGAAGACUUCGACGGGGAGGAGGGGGAGUACGGGGAGGAGCCCACCGACAACGACCAAUCAAACUGGGGCGAGGGCAACGCUGGUGGUGCCCCUGUGGAGGACUGAAAAAGAAAAACUAAACAAGCUUGACAAACAAAUUAAAGUUGAUGUUUAAUAUAUAUAUGUACACACAAAAUCUAGCUGGUAAACAAUCAACUCCAAAGUGCUAUCAAACCUCCAGGUUACUUAAUUGUGCAAGUUCAUGACAAAGAAAUGAUUUUUUUAAAGCUUUGUUAGAAUGGGAACUCCGAGAUGUACAGAUUUUAUUAUUAUCUUUAUUAUUAUUAUUAUUAUUAUUGAAAUGUGUCCAACUCUGGGCCCAGCGCUCACAAGAGAAUGAUUCUAACGACGAAUUCUGAUAAAUCAGGUUUUUGGUGAUGUACUUUUUCUUCUUUUGGGGGGGGGGGGGGGGGGGGCGGGGGGUGAUGUAAUUGUGUCGAAGUAAUUUAGGCCAAUCAUCUGAAAGAAAUGUUAAUAAUUUAAUUUAUGAAGAGAGGUUAUAAUGGUCUUAUUAAAUGCUAUAAUUCUGUUUUUUUAUGUGUGUGUUUGAGCAGAGACGCCGUCUCUGUCCUCCGUCUAAGAAGAGCGUUAUUGUCCACAGGAGGAUUUAAACCUGCUCCGUAGAUCUCGUCCUAGAUGCGCUAAAUAUUAUUAAUCUUUUCUGUCUUUUUUUUUUUUUCCUGCGCGAAUCUUGGAACCAAAAAAAUCUGUUUAGCGACUCUAAUGUAUCACAGCCGUAUUUAUGAUUAACUUAAGAGGGCUGUGGUAUUGUGCCAAACAGACCGCACACCAAGAUUUAGCAGGAAACCAGAACUACUGAACAUACUUAAGAUGAUAAAAAAUAAAUAAAAUUGUUGUUAAAUGGGGUAAAAUGAGUAAAGAAAGAGGGGAAAUGUUAUUGCUAGCUUUAUACAAAUCACGGCGUCACAGUAACACUUUAUUAUUAUUAUUAUUAAAAGCAUUUAGACUUUCACUUAAAGCUUGAAUUUUGCCAAAUGCUGACCCGUUUGGUGCUGUAAUGCUUGUUGCAGAAUACUGGACCUACAGGCUCUAUGUGUAUAAUCAUAAAGCUUAAACUGACUCAGUUAUGCAUUAUGUAAUCAGCUUCAACUAUAGAACACUGUUGUGCUUCGGCGACUAUCAGGUAUGCUUUUGAUGCCAUUGUUGUUUUUAAGCUUUUAAUUUAACACACACUCAGACAUACCAUUUUGUAGAAGCAGUACUUGUAAUUCUGAGGACCUAAGUGGACACCUGUAUGUUUAUAUUUGGUACUGAGGUUUAAAGUAAUUAUAUUUUGAAUCACUUGAACAUUAGUUUGGGGGGGGGGGGGUGCGGAAAUCAUGAUGUGUGACGUUUUAAGUCUAAAAAAACUCCAUUUUUUUAUUUUUGAACAGAAAUGUCAUCAGUUUGAUUCGUUUUAUUCUUCAGUGUGUAUUUUUAUUUAAAUUUUUUUUAAGGCGGCUCAGGCAGAAAACACUCUCCGGCGCCUCAUAGACAUGCACUUAUUUUGAAAUAUUUUUUUGUUUCCCCAAAAAGCGGGUCUGAAUGGAACUAUACCUUAAAUAAUUCAUUGCUUUCCUUCCAGUGCGCAUUUUCUUUUUUUUUAUCCUAUUAAUAGAUGUUUUUUGUUAUUUAAUAUAUAUAUAUAUAUAUAUAUAGACUCCACAAUGCAAUCAAGACUGUUAAUUUCUAUUUGUCCAACCAAAAUUGUUUGUCUAAUUCUAAUGUAUGCGAAAAGCCAGGUGAAUACUUGCGUAGUGUAGAGAAAUCCUUGCUCGUGUCUGUAAUUGUUGCGGUUUUUAAACGUUUUCAUGCUACAAAAUCACCCUAAAACUUUAUUUUUGAGCUCUUUUUUUUUUUUGUCCUUUUUCCACAAAUGUGUGUCCAGCUUUCGUCAUUUCAUUAAGCACAUGUUUUGUAAAGAAACACUUCUUGUUUUGUGUGGGUUAAAACCUCGGAACAGCAGUAUCUGUUCGUAUGCAGUCAAAACUCAGUACAUGUACUGAAGUGCUAAUGAUACCGAAGAUGUGCAACUUCCUCUUUACGCUCAACGGAAGAAGAUAUAUUUUAGAGAUAUUCAUCCUCUUUGUGUCACUUUUACCUUUGAAUCACUGUGGGAGAGGCUGUGAUGCUGAUAUAUAUAUAUAUAAAUAUAUGUGGAGAAUAUAUGAGAUAAAUAUAUAUAUAUGAAGAAUAUAUUCUAGUGGAUUUACUUAAAGGAACACACUGAGUUAGCUACAGACGUUCUGUGGUGGUUUAUCUCUGUGAACUUUGACCUUGCGCGCGCUCUCUCUCUCUCCGUUCACGCUGUGUGCUCACUCGUUCAUCCCACCAUCUCGUUAUGUUUUUUUUAUACUAUUUACCAUCCUACUGAUUCUACUGUAACGAAUGAAACGCCAGAACUUUGUAUCAUGAACGAUUUUAUGCUGUAUUUGUUAUAUGGACAAAAAACAAACAAAAACACACCCGUAAGGAAAAAAUAAAGAAUAAAAAAACGGCAAAAACACUACAGAUGUAAAGCAGAAGUUUUUUUCUUCCCAACUGUAUUUUUUUACGCUGUUGUUGCAAAAGGUUGUAUUUUUCAAUGUCUCUCUCUCGUACUUCUAACAGUGAUGCAAUGUUUGGGCCGAGCCUCGGUGCCCUCCGAACACAAAAAGCAAAUUCAGGUUACUCUUUUUACGUUUUUAUCAAAGGUUUUCAAAGAUGGAACUACAUUCUCCUUUUUUCUGCCUGAAUUGUACUACUGUUCCUCUCUAUACUACAUUUUACAAAUAAAACUUUGAUAUUGCUUUA